CUGAAUUUGGAAGAACGGGUAUUACGAUGGUGAAACAAACGAAUUGUACUCUUUCUUUUGAUAUGCAUCUUGUUUCAGGAAAUUAAUAUAAAAUUCAAUUUAGGACACAUGUUCCGGGAUGACGUUGGUACCCCUCCAGUGCCCUCCCUCACCCAGUCAACCAGCAUAGGAAACUUCCGAGUGCACACCGAAACUCCGAGUCAGGGUGCGAUUCACGUGGAACGAACGAAACACGGACCGAUGUGUACUCCGAGCUGAAGACGAUAAUCUAAUCUCGAACAGGACGGGACCAGGGACCAUUUCUCUCACUCGACGCACGCUCCGCUCCUUCUGCUACGAGAAGGCCAAGCUCAUACAGCUUCCUUUUCCUCCCGAACUACCCCGGAUCUCUGUCAGACACCCUGUCCCGAAAGUAAUCCUGACAAUCAUUGUCAAUUGCUUCAUUUUCUUCCCAAAACCCGCCUCAAUUCCACGUCUGCAAACGUUAUACUGUACUGCACUGCGCCGCUGCAGCAGCUUGCUUCCUUUUUUUGCGCCUGCACACCUGCAUCCAUUGUCAGCGGCUAGGUUUGGGCUUGUCGAAAACUCCAUUGGCUCCAACAAACCCCGCCGAACUCUCUGCUCCAUCUGCCGACGAUCGACCCCUUCGAUUCAAACGAGAAAAGAACAAUUGCACCCGAUUUGAAAGUGCGCCGCGAUUUUUGGCUGAGUAGAGGACACGAUGGCGGACGUUACCAAGGUGAAGGAGGUGGUCAAGGAAAAGUUGCUUGGCUCGGAAAUUCCUCAAGACGUCAAACUUUCCGCACAAUCAAGGGCGACCUUUGAUCGAAAUGCGCGGAAAGAUGCAGAGACGGGAGGGUUGUACAUGGGCGAGGAGGAAUUCAUCAACGCUGUAGCGCCCGAAGGGGAAGAUUAUGUCAGUUCAAAAUUUUCUUGUAUACCAUAUACCAUGGUCGCACAAAGGUUUUCGAGCCAUUGACUAACAUGGGAUUGCUUUCUACAGCAUAAAAUCAAGCGUGAGCAAUAUGCGAUCCUAUUUAGAGUCGCAGACCGAAGGGAUACGGGUAAAGUCAACCUGAUGGAUUGGGGGACCUUUGAGAAUCUUCUUGCGAAACCAGAUGCCGAGUACGAAAUUGCCUUUCGAUUAUUCGAUAUCGAACGAACGGGAACGGUAAAAUAUGACCACCUCAAGAAACUCUACCAAGCGAAUAAGGGUCCUGAUAGUAUACCUUUUGACUGGGAUUGUGAAUGGGCAUCAUUAUACAGUGGGGGCAAGAAGCGACGACACGACCUAACUUAUCCCCAAUUCUCACAAAUGCUCAGAGGUCUACAAGGCGAGAGAAUAAGACAAGCUUUCCAUCAUUUCGAUCGGGAUGGAGAUGGAUUUAUCGAACCAGAGGAUUUCCAACGAAUUAUCCUUCAGACUGCAAAACACAAGCUAUCUGACCAUCUUCUUGAAAAUCUACAUACUCUUUGCAAUAUUUCAGCAGGCACAAAGAUUUCAUAUGGAAAUGUUCGCGCAUUUCAAAACAUGAUUAGAGAGAUGGAUUUGGUCGAAUUAAUUAUUCGCCAGGCUACUUCGAAAAGUGCAGAUGGAACCAUUACCAGGACAGAUUUCUUGAAUGAGGCAGCACGAGUUACUCGAUUUUCGCUUUUCACUCCAAUGGAGGCUGAUAUCUUGUUCCAUUUCGCUGGUCUGGAUCAACCUUCUGGACAUUUAGGACUUCGUGAUUUUGCAAAGGUUCUCGAUCCUUCAUGGCGCGACCCAUUGUACAAUGCUUUCGAUCAGACAAGUACCAAGAUCAAGACCAAAACGCAAAACGUCAUGCACUCAAUACUAGAAUCGGUACAUCAUUUUGGGCUUGGAUCCCUUGCUGGUGCUUUUGGUGCUUUCAUGGUCUAUCCAAUUGAUUUGGUAAAGACUAGAAUGCAGAAUCAACGAUCAUCCCGUGUCGGUGAGAUGCUUUACAAGAAUUCUUUGGAUUGCGCCAAGAAGGUUAUUAAGAACGAAGGGUUUACUGGAUUAUAUUCUGGAGUUUUACCCCAGCUUGUUGGUGUUGCUCCAGAAAAGGCCAUUAAGUUGACUGUGAAUGAUCUUGUUCGAGGUCACUUCUCUGGAGCUGAUGGCAAGAUUUGGAUUCCGCAUGAGAUUCUUGCUGGUGGAACUGCAGGUGCUUGUCAAGUUGUAAGUCGCGCUUCUAUCCUGAAAUCUAAAAGUCUGUCUAACAAUCCAAUUAGAUCUUUACCAAUCCCCUCGAGAUCGUCAAAAUUCGUCUCCAAGUACAAGGAGAGGUCGCCAAGACCGUUGAAGGUGCACCUCGUCGAUCCGCCAUGUGGAUCGUCAAGAACCUGGGUCUUCUUGGCCUGUACAAGGGUGCUUCAGCUUGUCUUCUUCGAGAUGUUCCAUUUUCUGCCAUCUAUUUCCCUACUUACAACCAUCUCAAGCGGGACAUGUAUGGCGAGUCGCCAACUAAGAAACUCGGUGUUCUCCAACUUCUCACAGCCGGUGCCAUCGCUGGUAUGCCAGCUGCAUACCUCACCACCCCAUGCGAUGUCAUCAAAACCCGUCUCCAAGUCGAAGCUCGUAAGGGAGAGAGUUCCUACACGUCUCUCCGUCACUGCGCCAAAACCGUCUACAAAGAAGAAGGCUUCAAAGCCUUCUUCAAAGGCGGACCGGCACGUAUUCUGCGAUCCUCGCCGCAAUUCGGUUUCACCCUUGCGGCUUAUGAGUUCUUGCAGAAUGUCCUGCCUAUGCCCGGCAGCGAGAAGGAGGAAGUGAUGCACCAGGGCGUGGGCAGUGUAAAGCUUGGCGAGGGACUGCCGGGGCAACAGGGCCCGAUUGGCUUCUUGAGGAGUAGGAAUGCGCUGAAGAUUAUUUUGGAUCUGGAUGGGGAUUUUGGGAAGGUGAAGAAUCCUAGUGGGAAGGAGGGGUGGGCGGGGUUGCCUAGGAUUGUGGGGGGUGGGAAAUAG